AUAAUAUAUACGCAGAUGCACCGCACAGUCUUUCUCCUCAUCUGAUGGUCUAAAGCUGACGUGAGUCGUGACAUCUCUCUCAAAAAUCUCAGUUAAACACUUCUCUUCUUUCUUUUCCUCUCUCCAAACAGAACCUCAAUGUAUAUGUCGGGAAAGCAACGAUGGAUGGAUGAGAAUGAGAUCGCCGCCGUGAGGAGAGAAGUUUCUUCUUGGGACUUCCCUUUUAACGACAUUAACAUUCAGCUUCAUGGUCGCUGCAACACAGGUCAUGAAUUUGAUAUCUUGAAGAGUCCUUUUGGAGUUAACGAAGAAGAGAGUAAUAAUCAUAACCGUAACUAUAGUAACAGCGAGAGCGCUAAGAAGGAGACGACAGAUAGUGGACAGUCUUGGUCUUCGUCUUCUUCAAAACAGUCGGUCUUGGGGAGAGGACAUUGGAGACCAGCUGAAGAUGUUAAACUCAAAGAGCUUGUUGCUAUUUACGGUCCACAAAAUUGGAACCUAAUAGCUGAAAAGCUCGAAGGAAGAUCCGGGAAGAGCUGUAGACUACGGUGGUUUAACCAAUUGGACCCGAGGAUAAACCGAAGAGCUUUCACGGAAGAGGAAGAGGAGAGGCUAAUGCAAGCACAUAGGCUUUAUGGUAACAAAUGGGCAAUGAUUGCGAGGCUUUUUCCUGGUAGGACUGAUAAUUCCGUCAAGAAUCAUUGGCAUGUUAUUAUGGCUCGUAAGUAUAGAGAACACUCCUCUGCUUACCGUAGGAGGAAGCUUGUGAUUAAUAAUCCACUUAAACCUCUUCUUCCUAAUCAUCCUAACCCUAGCCCUAUUUACAACUCUUUUAUCUCUACUAAGCAUUACUUGACUCAGCCUUACCACGAGUUUAAUUUGACUCACCAACUGGUGAAUAAUGCGUCCGUGACGACUGACCAUAACCAGCUUGUGUUGCCUUUCCAUUGCUUUCAAGGUUGUGAGAGGACUGAGGCUUCAAUGGUUGUGAGUAUGUUUAGCAACCAAAUGAUGGUCGGCGGCGAUAAUGUUGGUGCCACGUCAGAAGCAUUACAUAAUUUUCCGUACGUCGACUCUAUGAGCCAAGAGAAAGGAGUACCAAAUGAAGCAAUGAAUUUGAUUGGAAUGGAAGUGGUCGAUGAGGAAGUGGCGGAGAAGGCAAGGCAGCAACCAUAUUUUUUCGAUUUUCUUGGCUUGGGGACAUGAAUCUUGAACUGAAUGUUGUUACAAUGAGUUAAUAACAGUGAUUAAUUUGG